AUAUCCGCCCGCCCAGCGCCAUCGCCUGGUUCGUCGCUGAGUCCUCUCCCUUGGCCUGCUCCCCUGCCUCUCUUUCUUUCUCUGCCUCCGCUCCUUCCUCUGUUGCCGCCUCUUUUUCCUGCGACAAAACCUACACCUGGAUAUAUAUAUAGUUGAGGAGCUCAAGUCAGGUGAAGUGCUGCGUUCGUGGAAGCCGGCGAGGAAGAGAGCGCGCGAGAGAUUAUAUUUAUAUAUAUUGGCGCCAAUGGUGUUCUAUUACAAGGCGCGACCGGACGCCGGGGAUUACACGAUCUACAUGGGCGCCGACAAGAACGAGAACGAGGAGCUCAUCAAGUACGGCCUCCCCGAGGACGUCUGGUUCCAUGUGGACAAGGUGUCCUCGGCGCACGUCUAUCUGAGGCUAAGGAAGGGCGAGUCUGUAGAUAGCAUCAGCGAUGGCCUCCUGGAGGAUUGCGCACAGCUCGUAAAAGCGCACUCCAUUCAAGGAAACAAGAUGAACAAUGUCGAGGUGGUCUACACGCCAUGGUCUAAUCUCAAGAAGGGGCCGUCCAUGGAUGUCGGACAAGUUGGCUUCCACAACCCUAGGCUGGUUUAUGUCUUGACUGUGGAGAAGCGUGUUAACGAGAUCCUCAACAGGUUGAAUAAGACCAGGGUAGAGCGCCGACCAGACCUCAAAGCCGAAAAAGACGCAUCAAACGCAGCGGAGAAGGCCGAGAGGAAGAUGCAGUUGAAAGACAAGAAGCGUAGAGGAGAGAUGGAGAGGCAGGAGAAGGAGCGUCAGGCGGAGAUACGGAGCUACAAGGGCCUCAUGAUCGCAGAGAAGAUGACCUCCAACCGGCAGAUCGCUUCCGCCGGCAAGUCCAUGCAGGAAGUUGAGGACGACUUUGUCUGAGAUUUGUGCUGUGUAGAGUAGUAGUACUAUCCAUCUGUGCAUAUGACCGGUCGAUCCAUCGUCGAUUUGAUCCGUUCCUGGUGGUUACAAGGUGUACAUAUAUAAGGUCCUUUAAUUUGGACGUAGAAGAGAAAGAAGCUGGCGCGCGGAUGUGUUUGUACAUUCCAAAAUUCCGAGUACAAAAUUUCAUGCAAGAUAUGGGUCAGCGUCAGGCUGGCUUCUUCGAUCUU